AUCCCCGCUGAAGCCCCGAGUCUCCUACCAUGGGGGACGAAGGCGGCAGCGGCCGCAACUGCGGGAUCACUAGGGACCUGCAGAAGCUGAAGCAGCAGGCGAUGGCGUACUACCAGGAGAACGAGGUCCCGCGCCGGCUGGAGGAGCUGCUCAACUCCACCUUCUACCUGCAGCCCGCAGACGUCUACGGGCACCUGGCAAACUACUUUUCUAAACUUGCAAAGCCUCCCUCCAUAUGCAAGGUAGCAGGGAAAAUCAUACUGGAUGGACUGGGACUCCCUACUCUACAGGUGGAAAUCUCCUGCACCAUUCAAAAUUUCCCCAAGUACAUCUGUUCGGUGGUGAUACCUGCUCACUUUGAAGUCCCAGAGAAUGCCCUGCCGGAGGUGGUGGAUGCCGAGGAGGCAGAAAGGCACCAGGCGGUGAACGCGGCUCUGCAGUGGGUCAACGAAUCCAUGACGGAGGAGCUGUGGGGUCUGAUCCCCUCCAACCAGGCGGAGGUGGACCACCGGCUCAGGAUAUUCUUUGAAAAUAAAGUACAAGAAGAUAAAGAGAGAAGAGAACUGGAAAAGAGCCCUGAGGAGCCAGUGCACCCACCUCCACCAUCAGUCCCACCACCUCCUCCCCCACCUCCCACCAAAAAGAAAGGACAGAAGCCAGGACGGAGGGACACCCUUUUGGAGAAGCCUAUCGUACCGGCAGAGCCCCCCGAACCAGUGCUCCACGGUAGCAUGGCCAUAGGAGCUGUGUCCCUAGCUGUUGCCAAAGCGAGUGCCAGCCUGGCCAGUAUUCCUCUGUACCUGAGAUUCGCCUCACUGAAGCACGGCCAGGAGCUGCCACCGAUGUUCUCCAUGCCCUUGCUGAUGGGAUCUGUACUCAGCUGUGGGAAGUCGUCGCCCGGGAAGCUAAAUCUAAUGAAAGAAGUGAUGUGCAUACCCCAUCCUGGAUUAACAACCAAACAAGGUAUAGAGUUGCUUCUGGAAAUUCAGAAACAAAUUAACAGAGUGAUGGAGACGCUCCCCCCUCCAAAACCAGAGACCAAAAAGGGGCAUGAUGGAGGCAAAAGAGGCCAGCAGCCGAUCACUGGCAAGAUAUCCCACCUGGGCUGUCUAACCGUCAACUACGACACCAUAGAGCAGCCUCUGCUUCUCAUCCAGGGCAUCUGCUCCAACCUGGGGCUAGAACUGGGGGUGAGCCUGCACCUGGCUCUCAACUGCGCCGCCCACGAGUUGAUGGACUAUAAUAAAGGGAAGUAUGAAGUGAUGGUGGGCUCCCACAAGAACACAGCAGAGAUGGUGGACCUGUACGUGGAUCUGAUCAACAAGUAUCCCUCCAUUAUCGCCUUAAUUGAUCCUUUCAGGAAGGAGGACUCCGAACAGUGGGACAGCCUCUAUAACGCCCUUGCUACCAGGUGCUACAUAAUUGCAGGGGCUGCUUGCAGAAGCGUCUCCAAGCUCCUAGAGCACAGAAAUACCAGCACCCCCAGAUCCCAUGGGCUGGUCAUAAGCCACACAAACCAAACCACAAUGUCGGACCUGGUGGAAAUAACCCAUCUUCUUGACGCUAAGAGGCAGCUGGCCAUCUUCGGGAGCACAGAAGCAGAGUCCUCUGAUGACAGCCUGGUCGAUCUGGCUGUUGGACUCGGUGCCCGGUUUAUCAAGUUGGGGGGUCUUUCUCGGGGUGAACGGGUGACCAAAUACAACCGUCUCUGUACUAUAGAGGAAGAACUCAUCCAGAGCGGAACAUGGGGUUUCAGUGAGGAACACAAUUUCUCCUCCUUUCAAGAGGACGCUGAAAAGACCCAGGAGGCUACCGCCACGAUGGCCGAGGAAACUCUUGGGCCCCUGGACUCCAUGUUCCCCACAGAGGUGGAGGAAUCAGCUAAAACAUGAACCCCGCGGGGCUGGGCUCCAGGGCACACAACCCCAAAGGCGUUGUCUAGCUGGUGUGACGUGACGUGAUGUACGUCUGUCCGCCCACAUCACGCUGGCUCUACUCUUAACUCUGCUAACUUGGGCACUCUUUA